ACAGACAAAUAAGUUCCUAGCUGCUGCGAGAAAUGUGUUUUCGCGAUCGCUUCGUGUAGUCGUGUGAAAGACAAAAAAACGUAGCAGAAUUUCUCGAAUCAGAUGGCUCUCUGCUUUCCAUAGCAUUGUGAUUUCAGUUAUACGUGCACAGUUGUAUCGGUGUCAUCGUAGCAAUAAAGUACGGUAUGUUUUUGAUGACUUUAUAUACUGCGUGACUGUACCUCAGGAGUCCUGUUCCACUGCGCUCGGGCAACAAUAAUUCCGUUGCAGAUCCUCGGAGCGUGCUACUCAUAUGUAGCACCACUGCCGUCCUUAAGACGACAGAAUGACGGUUCUGGCGGCAGCUAAGUCGUUUAAAUGCUUGACAUCACGUUUUCUCAUACAGUCCAAGGAUGUAGCACUGUAUCGGAGUGUGCAUUCAAAUGCAAGUGAACACCUUAAAAGCAUUUUACGUGAGGAAAUAAAUAACAUAAAAGCAGCUGGUACAUGGAAGGAGGAAAGGAUUAUCACAUCGAGCCAAAGCACUUUGAUCAGUGUUGCUGGUCAAAACACUAAGAUACUGAAUUUCUGUGCCAAUAAUUAUCUUGGUUUAUCAAAUCAUCCAGAAGUAGUCCAUGCAGCAAAAACAGCUCUUGAAAAAUAUGGUGCUGGGUUGAGUUCAGUUCGUUUCAUUUGUGGAACACAAAGUAUACAUAAGGAACUAGAAAAGAAAAUUGCAGACUUCCAUUGUAAGGAAGACACUAUAUUGUAUCCCAGUUGUUUUGAUGCAAAUGGUGGCUUUUUUGAGUCAGUGCUUACACCAAAAGAUGCAGUUCUUUCUGAUGAACUGAACCAUGCUUCCAUCAUUGAUGGUAUACGUCUCUGCAAGGCACAGAAGUUCAGAUACAAACACAGAGAUAUGGCAGAUUUGGAAGAAAACCUGAAGAAAGUCAGUGAUGCUAGACUGAAAGUGAUUGCCACUGAUGGUGUAUUUUCAAUGGAUGGCAAUGUUGCUCCUUUGCCAGAUAUAUGCAAACUGGCACAGAAGUAUGGGGCUCUCACAUUUGUGGAUGAGUGUCAUGCAACAGGAUUUUUUGGGAAAACAGGAAGGGGAACUGAGGAAUUCUACGGCAUGAUGGGAGCAAUAGACAUUAUCACAUCUACACUGGGAAAGGCAGUCGGUGGAGCUGCAGGAGGAUACACAACAGGUCCUAAGGAGUUGAUUGAUAUCCUAAGACAGCGUAGCCGGCCGUACCUUUUUUCCAACUCAAUGCCACCAGCUGUUGUUGGUGCUGCAAUUAAGGCACUGGAUUUGCUUAUCAAUGACAGCUCAUUCACUGAACGUAUUCAGAAGAAUACAGAGAGAUUCCGUUCUGCAAUGACUAAAGCAGGAUUCACAAUUGCUGGGGAGAAUCAUCCUAUCUGCCCUGUCAUGUUAGGUGAUGCUAAACUUGCAACUAUAUUUGCAGAACAAAUGUUGUGUAGAGGCAUUUAUGUGAUUGGCUUCAGUUAUCCUGUGGUGCCAAAAGACAAAGCCAGGAUUCGGGUGCAGAUAUCUGCAGCACAUACAAAAGAUGAAAUUGAUAAAGCUGUGAAUGCAUUUGUUGACAUUGGCAAGAAGCUGAAUGUGAUAAAAUAAAAUACUUCUCAUAACAUGAUAAA